CGGAAAACGGCCAUUUUGCUGAGUUUUGCGAAUUUGAAAAAUAGCCAACGACUCAUUAUUUCAAGUUUCUGUGGAAUUUAAUAUGGAAGGCAAGCUGAAAUUUUUGAAGUAUGAAUACCCAGAAAAACCUAGAUGGAUGCAGAGUAGUGUUGGUCCUACAGUGGCUGAAAUGCUAACAGACAUUCGAAAGUAUUUAGAACAAUUUAGCUCAUUCAAAGAUGCUGCUAAGCAGAACCCUCCCCAGUACUUAGAUCUUCUUGGUAAGAUCAGUGUUGCUAGAAGGGAUUUGCUGCUGAAGUACUUACUAAACGUGCAGCAAGAGGAAGGUAUUGGUGUGCAAGAUAAAGAAACAACUCACCAGAUCAUGAAUGCCGUAGAUAUUGAGAUUAAAAUUGAAAACUCGCCACCUCUUCUAGAGGAUUUUCCAAGCUUAGAAUGUGAUAUAUCAAGUCUUGAUUCUAAUGUUAUGAGCAAAAGUGUAGAUGAAACGAAAAACUUGUAUAAGGCUUAUACAGUGCUAGUUUCUGAUACCAAUGAAACCCAGGAAGAAACAGAUAAACAAGAAUUUAAAGAUUGUAUCGGUUUGUUACAAAAGGAACUGUUAACAGAGUUACAUAAAGUGUUGAUGGAUGGGGUAAUGGACGAACACUCAACAUUACCUGGACAUUUCAGCACUAAAAGACGCGUAACUAAAUACCAUGGUGCUGAUCAUGAAUAUCCACACUUUCUAACUGAAUCAAUUGCAGAACAAACUGUAGAGCACUUAAUUAAUGAAUACAAUGGCAUGCUUAUUGAAAUAAAAAAGGCAAAGAUUUAUGAUGAAAAGUGUAUCGAAAUGUUAUUCAAGUGUGCAACUAGUUUUCUGUUUACAUUCCUACAGCUUCAUCCUUUCGCAGAUGGCAAUGGUCGUCUCGCGAGACUUCUGGGAAGCUACAGCUUGUUGACAUUUUCACCAUUUAUGACACCAAUAUACAAUGUGUUUAGUAAAUCUUCUGAGAAUGACUACAUUGAUGCUCUCGUUGAAGCAAGGAGAAAUCUUGAAUCACAUCCUCCAAUCGACGAUAUGAAUUCUGGUGUUAAAGUAGUAAAUACUUUACUCCAGCAAGAACCAAGAGACCUGUUUGCAAUGCUUGUAGAGUCAAACUGGACUAUGUGGCGUCAGUUUCUUAUAAGACUUGGUGACAAAAGUGUAGUGUUGUUUCCAUGGGAAAAUCACCCAACUCACAUAUAAACAUUGAGGAGGUUGACAAGUUAUAGAUGCAAAUGAUUUGAUUUUUAACAUAUUAUUUUAAAAGUAGUGGAAAAAAACAUUGUAUUCGGUAGACUUAAAAUUCCAAAUUUCAGUGAAGAACUUCCAAUAUUGAUGGACAGGAAAUUCAUAUUUCCAGUUUCAAAUUCUUAAUGGAAGCCCUGAAACAGUGAAAAGAAGUUAAUAUGUUAGUAUAAUUGUAAAUUUGCACUGUGUUGUUUGAUCCGCACUCUUACAGAUUGACAAUUUUGACAAUUUAAAAAAAUGUCUGAGACAAUGCCUUCAAUUCAUGUAAGAAAACUCACGAUAGAACAUGUCUCGAAUGUUUGGAAAAUUGACGAUGAUUAUAUUUUUCUUAAAGCGUGAGUUAGCCAUGAAACUUUUUUUUUUUUAACAAAAAUAUUAAAAACAGUGAUCUUAUCUUUUGUCUCUCAGCAGUCUUAUAUCACUUAUUUCCACAUAAAAACGCAAAAAAAUGCUUAUUCCUAGACAAAAAAUGAAGUAUGUGAUAGUGCCUUUUUAAACAUUCUAUGCAUGACUGAAUAAAGACCCUAAAUGAUUGAAGACAAAGUUUAUUUAUCUAGAAAAUGUUUAAUAAGAGUGAUAUGUUUUACUUUCAUUGCAAAUGACAGUCUCAGUAUUGAUGUUCUCAAUAAGUCAAACUUUAAAUAAACAAGUGCAUUCCAAUAUUUAAUGUUUAUGCACCCGAAGGGAGAGCAUAAAGUUGCUGCUUUGUCCGUCCGUGUGUACGGAAGUCUUUCCGUACAUCACACUCUUGUCUGGAAAAUAACAUCAAAACAACUGAUGGAAGUGAAAUAAAACUUGAUGUAUAAAGUUAUCUUUCCUUAACCAUCUUUUCAUUAUUAGUGCUUGUCCAGGCCAUAACUUCAAAACUACUCAUGAGAUUGAAAUAAGACUUGGUAUAAAGAUAGAUGGCAGUGAGAGGAAGUGCAGUGCGCAAGCACCUUCAUCCUAUUAUACCUAAAUGUAUAUUAAGGUAUCACAUCCCUAAUGAAAACCUCCAAUUGAAACUCUUCAAGUUUGAUGCUUUCGCCUAGAUGUUACAUUGUUGUUCAGGAUAUGACCACACAUCUUUUAAGGGGUUCAAGGUAGGGGUUCAAACCCACACAGUAGCAUAUUUUUCAGUAGGUAACCUUUUUUUACUGGUUUAUAUUGAAUUUUAUUAAACAGUAAUUAAAUAAAUUUCUACACAUAAAUAUUAGCGUUUUCACACAAGUUAUUUUUUUUUUAUUGUGAAAGCUGCACUCUCACAGAUUGAACGUUUUGAAAACUUUUUUAUUUUUUUGUCUUUGAACGAGCCAAUUUUUGCGAAAAUUUAUGGACACCAGUAUAUAAGAAUGCUGACAAAAAAUUAGAUCGCAGAUUUUUCUAUUUAAGUUCAAAAAUUGAUGUUUUAUUUUCACAAAAUUAUUUUUAGCUCGACUAUUCGAAGAAUAGGUGGGCUAUACUACUCGCGUCGGCGUCGGCGCCCGGUUUAAGUUUUAGGGCAAGUUGGGAUUUUUACUUAUAAGUCCAAUACCCUACAUUCAAUUGACUUAAUACUUCACGCAGUUGUUCAGGGCCAUCACAUGAUGAGGUUAGAUAACUCCAUAUUAUUCUUUACACAUAUUAUGGCCCCUACUUGACUAUGGAACUUAUGUUAAAGUUUUAGGGCAAGUUGGAAUAUUUAUUAAUAACUUCUAUAUCCUUUGUUCAAUUGACUUAAUUCUUCACACAGUUGUUCAGGACCAUCACACAAGGAGGUUACAUAACUCUAUAAUAUCCUAAAUACAAGUUAUGGCCCCUGAUUGACUUAGGUUAAAGUUUUAGGGCAGGUUAAAGUUUUAGGGCAAGUUGGGAUUUUCACUUAAAACUCCAAUACCAUUCAUUCAAUUGACUUAAUACUUCACACAUAUGUUCAGAGCCAUCACAUAAUGAGGUUAGAUAACUCCAUAUUAUCUUUUAUACAAAUUAUGGUCCCUGAUUGACUAUGGAACUUAGGUUAAAGUUUUAGGGCAGGUUGGGAUAUUGUUUAAUAACUUCUACACCCUUCAUUCAAUUGACUUAAUACUUCACACAAUUGUCCAGGACCAUCACCCUAUGAGGUUACAUAACUCCAUAUCCUUAAUACAAGUUAUGGCCCCCGAUUGACUUAGGUUAAAGUUUUAGGCAAGUAAAAAUUAAGGGCAGGUUGGGAGUUUAAUAAAAAAAACUUCCAUACCGUUCAUUAAAUGCACUUAAUAAAAUUCAAAAUUAUUUACGACCAUCUUACAACAAGAAACAUGGCCCUUGAAUUUUGUUUUCCUUUGAAAGGCAUAUUUGUAUAUUCUUCACCACAUUUUCAUACUGGGAAAUCAAGUUAUUUGAAUGACUUGCGUCAUUGUUUAGGCGGCCUGGUGGGAGGGCAGCAUCAAAGUCACCUUAUGUAUCGAAUAUUUUUAGAUAGGUUUGACAUAAAGAGACCAAACUUGAUAUUAUUAUAUCGUUAUUGUAUUCUAAGUCAAAGCGGCGUAGUCGAGCGCGCUGUCUUACGACGGCUCUUGUUUAUUUUUAUUGUGUUCAUGCUUAUCAUCAUUAUUUCAUUAUAUUCAUAUUCAAUCUCAUCGUUUCAUCAUUUUAUAUUGCUUCAUGUUUUUCUCAUGUUUUUAGGAUUUCAUGUUGUUUCAUAUCUUUAGAUUUAUGUUUAACAGUACUUCAUGUCCAAUCUAGUUAGAUAAAUACUGUCUGGUAUUGACCAAUAUUUCGACACUCUUUAUCUCAAAGCAAAUUGAUUUUACAACUGAAAGGUCUGACUGACCAUCUGGCCUUGAUAAAAUUAGGUAUGUCCAAAUAUUUCAUUACUGGUCCAGACAAUUAUUGUAUAAAACUUAGACACAUUUAGUGACAAGUUACUACUUUCUUAUGCAACAACAUCUGGCUUUUCGAGUAUAUACACUUGGUUCAAAUACCAGCCAUCAGACUUGAAAUAUCAACUGAUUGGCUCUCUUUGAACCAGGUAAGAACUUUCUUAUAUUAUUAUUUAGUAACUUUGUCAUGUUUUCUUACAUGUUGAAAUAUAUAUAUAAGUUUUGUUCUUCUAUUUAAGUACAAGUUUUAUUCUAACAUUUAAAGGUAAAUUAUAUCUUGAUUAUUGACUGUUAAUAUAAGUAUAACAACUAAUGUUUAUUUAUUAUUACAAUUAGUCUUAGUUAUGUACUGUUGUUUCAUUAUCAUUUAAAUACAUUUAAAUGACUUCGAUACAUCAAUUUGGACCAAACAAUGAACCAUAUUUCUGUUAAGUGAAGGUUUCUUCUUCCGCAUCAACGUUAUACUGGUUGACGGUACAUUUCCGAACAGGACACAAAUCCCGAGCACCUGCUAAAACACGCGUUUGUUUAUCGUGAUCGAUUAGUCAAUGACCUAGAUUAAUACAGAGGCUUGCCUUGGUCACACUUGCGAAGUUUCAUCUUGUUGUGUUAAGUAUUUUUUUCUAAAAAUGCCAUGUAUUGUUAAUACGCUUAAAUAUCAAAAUGUAGCACACGGGGGGAAUGACGUCAGAUGGCGCAUGUGGUAAGGAAAAAUGUGGUCACUUGAAUGAUGACUUGAAUCAGAUAUUACUCAAUUGAGUCAUUGUUCAUCAUUCCGAUUUCCAUCCAAAAAGAAUCACUAAUAACGCAAUUUUAUAGACACCAGUAUCAGAUACACAUGUUUUAUUGCAUAAUCAUUGAUUCAAGUAAUGAUCCUUUAGUGCAUGAGACGAUGAAAAUGACUUUCAUUGUGGUCAAAACACAUUUGUUGUCAAAAAUAAGAUUAAAUUUCAAAAUUCGAGCCACAGUGUUUAUACCAUUCGGAACUCCUCGGCCAUUUUUAUCGAAAACAACAUCAGAUGUAUACCGGUGCAUCAGUUGAAGUAGUUCGUAAAUUUUUGAAUUAUAUCAUUAAUUGAUAGGGUUGAAUAGUGUUUGAGUUUUGUAUUUAUUGAUCUAAGUUUAAAUUGAUUGCCAGUGAAGUGUAUUAUUGCAAACAUAAUUAAGAUUCCCAAGAGUUAAGUCAUAAAGUUAAACUGCUAAAUAAAAUUAUUACGCGAUCUACUUGCAGCAGACUUUAACGUUUUGCUUUCUGAGUAUGUAAACCGUCCAAAUACAUCCGAGGUUGUUUUCACUAAAAUGGCCGAGGAGCUCCGAAUGUGUUUAUACGGAAGCGGCCAUUUUGAUUGAAUUUAUUGAAACCAAUGCUAAACCGAUAUACGGGAUUAAACACCACGCAUCGGUUACUUCCCUUUACAAACACUUAAACUAGCUUAGAAAAAAUAUAUUUGGUUAUGUUUUCGGCCUUAAAAAAAUAUUACCUCAAAAAAUCUGGUUGGCGAUUAAAAUAUAGGAGCGGGUGCACAAAAAAAAUACUUUUUUUUUACAUUUUCAGAAAAAUAGGAACGGUAAAUCCGCGGAACCAAACAUCAAUUUGGUGUGGCCUUAUGUCCAAUCUUAGUUACAUAAAUCCUGUCUAUUAUUAAUCAAUAUUAUCAAUACUCUUAAUCUCAUAGCAAAUAAAAUUAACAACUAAAAUGUCUGACUGACCAUUUGGCCUUAAUAAAAUUACUUAUGUACACAUAUGCAUUACUGGUCCAGACAAUUAUUGUAUACGAAUAUAUAACAUUCUGUGAUGGCCAACGACUUCCUUAUGAAACAACCUCUGGCUUCUCUGGUAUAUAAACCUUGGUUUAGAAACAGGCAAAUCAGACUUAAAAUAUCAAAUGAUUUGGUCAUAUUUUGAUUAUUGACUGUUAAUAUAAAUAUAACAAAUAAUGUUCAUUUAUUAUUACAGUAAGUCUUUGUUAUGUACUAUUGUUGCAUUAUCAUUUAAAUACAUUACUCGCAUGUUACUCUGGCUAAUGAACACAUUUAUGUCUGAACAAAUUCCUCUUUUGUAAGGUACCUGUCAACUAUGCUAAGCGAGUUUUAUUAGCUCAAGUACAAAUUAUAAGUGUUUAUUUACCAGAAACUGCUAAUGCAUUCAUUAUUGUUAUACCCCCGACAAACGAAGUUUAAAGGGGGUAUAUUGGAGUCACCCUGUGGUCGGUCGGUCGGUCGGUCAGUCGGUCCGUCGGUCGGUCCGUUGCAAUUUACCUUGUCCGGAGCAUAACUUAAAAACUACUGGAUGGAAUUGGAUUAAACUAUAAUACAAUGAUAGAGCAUAAUGAGAGGAAGUGCAGUGUACAAUAACUAUAACUCUAUUCUUGCUUAUUACUGAGUUAUUGCCCUUAGUUACUUUUUUGUCCGGAGUAUAACUUAAAAAGUACUGGAUGGAAUUCACUGAAACUGCAUUGUUUCUUGUUUGUGAUUUUGUGUUCUAUGUCUUUGGCGUUUGCCCAUUGCCACUAACCGGGUUUAUGUUUAAACUUUUUGCUACUGAUCAUGUUUCUGUAGCCUUUUGCAUAAAUAUUCAUACAAUAGUAAAGCAUAAUGAGAGGAAGUGCAUUGUUCAAGAACCAUAAAUCUACUUUAGCUUAUUACUGAGUUAUUGCCCUUUAUUUGUUUUUUUGCAGUAUUUUUUUCCAGACAUUAACUUGCAAACUACUAGAUGGAAUUACUUAAAACUUCAUACAAUGGUAAAGCACAAUAGCUUAUUACAGAGUUACUGCCCUUCGUUACUUUUUUCUUUUCCGGAGCAUAACUUGCAAACUACUAGAUGGAAUUUAUUAAAACUUCAUACAAUGGUAAAAUACAAUGAGUGGAAGUGCAGUGCACAAGAGCCAUAACUCUAUUUCAGCUAAUUACAGAGUAACUGCCCUUUGUUAUUUUUUCUUGUCCGGAGCAUAACUUGAAAACUAUUGGAUGGAAUUUAAUAAAACUUCAUACAGUGAUAAAUCAUAAUGAGAGAGAGUGGAGUGUACAGGAACCUCAAUUCUAUUUCAGCUAAAUACAGAGUAACUGCCCUUUGUUACUUUUUUCUUGUCGGGAGCAUAACUUGAAAAGUAUUGGACGGAAUUAAAAAAACCUUCAUACAUUGAUAGAUCAUAAUGAGAGGGAGUGCAGUGUACAGGAACCGCAAUUCUAUUUAAGCUAAUUACAGAGUAGCUGCCCUUUGUUACUUUUUUCUUGUCGGGAGCGUAACUUGAAAAGUAUUGGAUGGAAUUAAAAAAACUUCAUACAUUGAUAGAUCAUAAUGAGAGGGAAUGGAGUGUACAGUAACCGCAAUUCUAUUUCAGCUAAUUACAGAGUUACUGCCCUUUGUUACUUUUUCUUGUCCGGAGCAUAACUUGAAAACUAUUAGAUGGAAUUUAAAGAAACUUCAUAUAGUGAAAGAUUAUAAUGAGAUGAAGUGCAGUUUACAGGAACAGCAAUUCUAUUUCAGUUUAUUGCAGAGUUACUGCUCUUUGUUACUUUUUUUGUCCGGAGCAUAACUUGAAUACUACCAGAUGGAAUGUAAUAAAACUUUAUACAAUGGUACAGCACAGUGAGAAGGAGUUCAGUGUACAUGAAUCACUACACUAUUUUAGCAAAUUACAGAGUUAUUGCCUUAUCUGGGUUUUUUGUCAAACUUUUGUCCGGACAGUAACUUGAAAACAACUAGAUUAAAUAGCAUACAACUUCAUACAAUGAUAAAUCAUAAUGAGAGGCGGCGUUCGGGGGUAUUAAUCACCUUCAGUGAUAGCUCUAGUUUUCGUAUAUAUUGACUAGUAUUGUAAAAUAAAUAGACUUGAAUAAUCAAAUGAUUUGUUGUCUCCAUGAACCAGGUACCCUCCAAACAAAAGCACAAGUGGUCUUGAACUAAACACUGCAAAGAUCAGCCAGGAAUCAAAUUACCAAGACAUAUAUAUAUACAUCUAAUAUACUGUCGAACAAACCGACCGAAUAUUGUUAAACAAUAAGUCUGAAAGCUGCUUUAAAGAUUUAAUUCCUUUCGAGCUUGGCUGAAA